AUUGCUUAUAAGUUUAUAAUCAUCCAAGUAUCUAAGCAAUUUCUAACACAAAACUGUUGCUUAUUUCAAAAUUUAGAAAGAACUUAAGAUCACAUUUCUGAAAAAGAAAAAUGUCUGCAGGUGGAAAUGCAGGUGGAAAUGCAGGUGGUGGAAGUAACAAUACAAACACUAUAAGGAUCGAAGAGGUAAAACCGCAUCCAGUCAUGGAAACGCUCUCUGGGGUGGCGUUUUGCAUCAACAGCAAUCCUCCUUUGUUGGAAUCAAUCAUAUUAGCAUUACAACACUCUUUCUUGGCCCUCGGGAGUAUGACUAUUAUCUCAUCCUUGCUCGUUCCUCAAAUGGGCGGCUCCAAUCACGACAAGACGAAGGUGAUACAAAGCAUGAUGUUUGUUUCAGCAAUCAACACAUUGAUUCAAACAUUAGUAGGGACUCGUCUUCCUAUUGUUGUGGGUGCUUCUCAUGCAUUCGUUAUCCCAAUCACUAGUGCUGUUUUGUCCAUGAGAUCAUCAUGUUGUGAUUUACCCCAGUCUUCUCAACAGAACUUUGAGAAGACAAUGGCAGGAAUUCAAGGGACUUUGUUAGUUACAUCUGUUGUCCAAGUUAUCCUUGGUUUUUCUGGGAUUUGGAGACUUUUUGUAAGGUUCUUAAGCCCUCUUUCAAUGGUACCACUCAUAACAUUUACGGGAAUUGGACUCUUUUCUCUUGGUUUUCCUAUGCUAGCAGAUUGUGUAGAAAUUGGACUCCCUCAGUUAAUUAUAAUGCUUAUAUUUUCUCAGUAUGUAUCCAGUUUUGUGAAGACAAACAGGCUGAUAUUUGAUCGAUACGCACUCAUUUUUUCGACAGCAAUUGUUUGGAUUUACGCCUUAAUCCUUACUUCAAGCGGUGUUUAUAACCAUAAACCUCUAACGACUCAGCUAAACUGCCGGACAGACUAUGCAGGACUCAUACAAGAAGCUGCAUGGGUGUACUUACCAAGACCGUUUCAAUGGGGAAAGCCCACCGUUAACAUGAGGAAAGCUACUCCGAUGGUAUUUGCUGGACUUGUUGCACUUGUCGAGAGCACAGGCACAUUCAUUGCAGCUGCACGAUAUGCAAGUGCUACGCCUGUGCCUCCAUCAGUAAUCAGCCGCGGCAGUUUUUGGCUGGGUGUUGGGACAUUGUUAAACGGAGUAUUUGGCGCUGUUGCUGGCCCGACUGCCUCAGUAGAAAGUGCUGGUCUGCUUGGAUUAACCAGAGUUGGAAGUAGAAGAGUUAUUCAGAUAUCAGCUGGUUUUAUGUUAUUUUUUUCAAUUUUUGGGAAAUUCACAGCCUUUUUUGCUUCCGUGCCAUUCCCAAUUGUGGCAGCUUCCUAUUGCAUUCUCUAUGGCUAUGUCUCCUCUGCAGGUUUAAAUCACCUUCAAUUCUGCAACUUAAACAGUUUCAGAACAUUGUUUAUAUUAGGCUUCUCUUCUUUCAUGGCGAUCUCGGUCCCACAACACUUUCGGGAUUAUCUACUAAGAUCAAAUUCAAGCCCCCUUCACACUAGCUCCAAAUGGUUCAAUGAAUGUGUCGGGAUUAUGCUCGUAUCGUCACCAGUAGUAGCAGUACUGAUCGGAAUAGUGUUGGAUAGCACUAUGAACAGCGAGGAAGAGGAUUCGAGGAAUGACAGUGGGAAAAAAUGGUGGCAGAGAUUUAUACAGUUUACAAAGGAUAUAAGGAAUGCUGAGUUUUACUCUUUGCCUUUUAAGCUUGGCAAUUUUUUCCCUUCUUUAUAGAAGUAUUUUUUAAGCUAUAAUUUUAAAGUUAUUAGAGAAGGAGUAUGCACAUAUGCUUAAGUUUUGUGUAGCUAUGACUUGAAUUAGCAAGCUGGAUUAUGGAGUUGAAAGAAAACUUAUCUUUUUUCAUUUUUGUCAUGUGAGUUGUAUUAACUUUAAAGUUAUUAGAAGCUGAAGAAAAGUUACAGAUUUGAAUCUCAUUCGCUCUCGUCCAGUAGAAAUGAGGAGGAUUGCAUGUACAAUUCAAACAAGGAGAACAAUGAGAAACCCACCUACUAGCCCGAAGCAGGGGCGGAGAAAAAUUGACAAAGUUUUUGAAGGAAAGAUUAAGAUAUUCUUUUUUAACUAUUUUGUAUCGAAUUACUUAAUAUAUACUACGUAAUUUAAUAUUAAGGCCCCUAAUUUUUUGAGGUCCCGUGCGGUCGAACAUAUUGAACGUGCUCAAAACCCCCUUGGCCCAAAGAAGGUUAACUACUAAAAUCAAUUGGUAGUAAUAUGAGUUACAUCAAGUUUAUAAAAUAUUAUACUCUCUUUUUUUUAUCCGAUGUAAAGUCACAUGUGGACAAUAAUAAAUAUCACUAAUGUUUAAUUGAUUUUAUAUUUUUGGAUUAAGACUUUAAUAUUAUCGUUAGAAAUCAAUAAUUUUACGUUUGGGGCAUGAAUAAGGGUCGCUUCGAGUGAUGAGACGGCCGCUCCGUCCCAUUUUGUUGAUUGUGUCUUUUCUCAGUCGUUUUCUAGCGCUCUUAUAUAACAAACAAAUUUUCAUUAAAUUUAACAGCUGAAUUUUUGUCCAAAUAUGUUUAGUUUUGUUUAUACUAAAUCUAAACAAUAUCAAAUUUUGUAAAAACCUCGUAGUUUU